AUGGCACCCAAAGUUCUAGAGGUUGAAGGAAAAAUUGAACAACUGACACUCCCAAUUGUAACUUUCCCACCUUUCAAGUUGAGAGCACAAUUGAUAGAAAAAGAUCCAGUGGUAUGGUUACAUUUAUUAGAUACCUACAUCCAAUACUUUCAAUUUUUGAAUACUGAGGAGAAUCUUUCAAAAUUGGAUGAUUCUACGCUUGAUCAUUUAUGCAUGUUUAUGAGAAGCUAUAUAAAUGAAAUGGGUAAUGAAGAAGGUAAACUAUUAAGUUUGGGUAUAAACCAUGAUGUUCAAGAAAAUCUAACUGUACUGAGAGCAUGGGUACUUACAGCAUUGAAAACCUGUGGCUUGUUUUACUUGCAGAUAUUUGGAGAAACGUUAUGGAAUUUUGUGAUUCUUUAUGUCGAGAAGAAUCCCGUUAGUGUUAGAUCUUUAAUCGAUGGUUCUGCCAAGCCUAAAAUAACAAAUAUUCCUAGAGUUCAGGUAAACAGAAUAAGUCAAAUACAACAGCACAUCAAAUCAAUGGUGGAACAAAAUAAAUUUACCAGGAUUGACCUUAAAUCAUUUCAAUUUUUAAUAGAGGAUAAAGAUUUUGCAGACAAAUUUUUAACUAUUAAUUGGAUAGAAUAUUUAGAGAGUUGGUGGGAUAAAGGAAAUAACAAGUUUUCAAAAAUAGCAGAACAACUGAUGAUUACAUGUUUACUUCAAGUUCGAAGGAAAACAGUAGUGGAUGUCACUAAGUCUCUUGGAGUUAGCUCAUUGGAUACAUUAUCUAUAUAUCCACUUCUUGGUUCGAUUCUGAUUAGUGAAAGGUUCAAUAUUUUAAGACCGGAUAUCAAACAAGAAAUGGUAUAUUUGAAUUUUUCUAAACCUAAUGAGGAAGUGGUUAACGAGUCGAGUACAAGUGACAUAUUUCAUAAUGAAUCAAAUGAAGUGGAAGUAUCUCAAAAGGACAUAUCUGCAUUAGCUGAUUUCUUCCCAGGUUAUUCCACCUAUCAAUUAAGUGAAUUAUUAAGACGAUAUGAUAAUAAUGUCGAAUUAAUUACAAAUUUAAUGUUUGAAGACCCAACAAUUGUGGACUCAAUUCCUAGCGAGAAACCUGCCUCCAAUCAUGUAAAAUCAGUGGUAGAUAAGGAAUCUCUACCAGCAUUAGAAGAAUUAGAGUUACAUGAAAAUAGUUUGAGAGAUUCUGAGAUGGAGUUAUCAGAACUGACAAAGAAACAUGUUCCUGACGAAAUUAAAAAUAAAACUUUGACGAGAGCUUUGCAACUAUUGUAUGAUGAUGAUGAAGAUGAGAGAGAUGAUACAUAUGACGAAGCUGAAACAGACCGUUCUAAAGUAUCGGGUAAAAUUUCUUUUGGAGAAGAUAUCGACGAGAACAAUGAUAGCGCUGAGGCUACUGAAAAAGAGCGGGUAUCCAAGUACGACCAGAUUGAAGGUUACCUAUGGCAAUUGUUGAAAGAAGAUGCAACACUAUUUGAAAGAACCAAGAGAGGUAGCAAGAUGAGGAAGAGUAUUAAACAAGAGACAACUUGGUCUGAUGAACAAAUAGAAGGAUGGGCUAGAAUGUUACAAAAAUCACCACAAAGAGCUAGAAUAUUAGAGGAGAAAUAUAUGUUCAGAGGAAACGUCAAAUCAGGGAAAAGAUCAUAUGUCAAAAACCGUGACGGUGAGAAUGAUAUAGACAACAAAAGAAGGAACGAAAGGUAUGUAAGGAAACCUAAAGUUAAUGUGAAUGUGAAUAACAAUGAGAAUAGUAAGGAAAGUACUCCUAAAAAUGAUGUUAAUCAGAAGCGAAAGAAUGCUAGAAAUGAGAAAAACAAGGCAUCUAGGGGCAAUCAUAAUCGUAAGGCUGGACAUGAUAAAAAGGCAUUAAGAGCGAUGCCAUAG